CUUCACGUUGCUGUGAGUCUGGAGUCCCGGGUUACCUUUAAGAAAUGUAGAUGUAGAUUGCGUUGAGGUAGAAUAGAGACCCAAGAGAAAAAUAUAGUGUUUAAUAAGAUAGAAAAAUAGACUCGAGUGAUCACGUGACAGGUCAUGGUCGAGCCAGGGACGAGAUCGCGUCAUCGUCCUUUUUUUUAAGUCCAGAUGAGAGAGAGAAUCGGGAAAGAGAUCUCUCGCAAGUGAACCACGCCUGGAAGUAUAAAUCUAUUUCUCUAUCAGUUUUGUAUUGGGGUUAUUUUUUUUUUCUAAUCGUGUGAAGUAGUUCGAGCCGCCAGCAUGUUGGUGGCGAUCCCCGAAGUGCCGGAGACGAGCCACCAGCAGGCCACCGCGCCGACCUCCAGCGCCGUCAUCACCACCACCACCACCAGCGCCAACCACAGUCUCCCGCUCAAGCACUGCGGUGUCCUCCUCAAUGGGGGUCUGGAGUCGGCCGCCGGGGGGGACGCCGCUCCCCCAGGUGACGCCGAGGGAGCGGGGGUUGGGGAGGCCAUGAUAAAAAGAGAGAUGAAGCCGCCGAUUUCGGCCGCGAUCCCGAAGUCUCGUAAUCACCGGCGUACGCCACCCACUCCCCCUGCCCUCUCCCCUUCCCCCCCGGCUCUGACUCCGCCUCCUAAUAUGACGUCACAGCCCUCGGUUACGCCCCCGAUGCAGACCGACUUAGCUACAGAUAAAAUUACCACGUCGCACGUAAUGGAAAUAAACACAUAUGCUCCACCGUUGGUUAAGAAAGAGGUGAACAGUCCUCCUCUGGGAUCGCCGCACUUGGGGUCUCCUCAUCUGCCAUCCUCCUCCACCACUGACACCAACAACAUGGCCAACGACGCUGUGGUCACCGACUCCUCCUUCCAGCAACACAUCCUCCAGUUAAAACAGCAUCAGCAGUUACAACAGCAGCUCCUCCUACACGAGUAUCAUCACCAGAAGCAGCAGUUAGCGGAGCAACAUGAAAAGCAGUUGCAACAGCAGAUAAAGCUUCAAGAAAGUGUCCUGUACCACCAGUUCCAACAGGAGCACCAGAGGCUCCUGGAACAACAACAAAAUGAACUACAGAAUCACCUCAAGCAGCAGUACUUGGAGCAGCAGACGCAGCGGGCCGAAGAGGAGCGCGCCGAGAAGCAGCGGAAGGAGCAGCUGGAGGCCCUCAAGAAGAAGAACAAGAACGAGCAGUCGGCCGUGGCGUCGUCGGAGGUCAAGCAGCGGCUGCAGGAAAUGAUCCUGCACAAGAAGCAGCGGGAGGCGGCGGCGACCACGGCGGCGGCGGCGGCGGGGGGCACGUCCAACCUUCGCAGCUGGGGAUCCCCGAUUUUUUCCCUAAAAGCCCCUUCGCCAUCGAGGAAAUUCCCUCCAGUAAUCGCCCUUUUCCCCUCCUUCUCUCCAGCAGUUGAGAGCAGCUCGACGCCGGACAGCGGGCAGAGUUCCCCGCCCAACGGCCUGCCAGCAUCAAGGUCGUCCUCGGGAUCCACGCCCAUCCACGAGGAAGGCGGCGGGUCCCCCUACGGCCCCCAUGGAGGCGGAGGACAAGGCUCGUGCUCCGACCUCACCCUCUAUUCCUCGCCGUCUCUCCCCAAUAUCUCGCUAGGCCGUCCUCCACAUUCCACGCAACCCGAAGGGGUAAAGCUACCUAUGGUGUCUGAGGCAGACAUGCGUGCUACCCUGACGGCUCACAUAGCAAUGCCUCUCACAGGUCAUGCCGUUCCCCCCAACAUGCCAUAUUACCCAACACUCCCAGUGAUAGAUGGUGAAGGAUAUAGUUCGGGAGCAUCCACUGUGGGUCGUCAACAGCUGGUCACAGCCAUGGAUACUAGUCCAGGUGGCGGAAUCAUGAGAGGAGGCAUCUACCAUCCCAGUGCUGUCCCUAACAUGAGUGAAGCACAGGUUCGACCUGGCCGGACCCUGCAGAGGCCCUUAGGCAGAACACAUUCGUCCCCACUACCUUUAGGCCAUCCCAUGCUGGCAGCAACACCUCCAACCUUCCUCCCACAUGGCCCACCCUCAGCCCACCAGUAUGACCCCAAGCAUGCCAUAGAGCACCACCAGCAUAAUCUUCUUAAACAGCACAUUCGACAGACAGUAUUGAUACGGAAGGGAAGCAACAACCAUGUGGAGAACGUUGCUGAGGAAACAGAGGCAGCCGUUGCCCAAGCCAUUGCACAUGAAAAAACACCAGAGGAAGAAGAAGAGGAGGCACUGCAUGAGGAGGAACCAGAGGUGAUAGAUCUGACAGAACGCAAGAUAGAGGAGAGCCUGAUAGCCAGGCAGCAACGAGCAGUUUUCCUGCAGCAUCGUGACUUACUAACAGCAAAACCUCCACCUUUACACUCCACAACAAGUUCAGCCUUCACCGCACGAUCAGGCAGUCAUAUGGCACGGCCUCUUGCCAGGGCUUUCAGUUCUCCAUUGGUCACCCUUUCUCCACAGGGUUCACCCCAAGAACCUAUUAAUAUAAGCAAACAGGGAGCAACAACUGGGCUCGCCUUUGACAAUCUAAUGCUGAAACACCAGUGCGUCUGUGGCGAUAAUUCUCACCAUCCAGAACAUGGAGGUCGUCUUCACUCUGUGUGGGCUAGACUACAGGAAACAGGACUGAUCCACCAUUGCAAUAGACUACGAACCCGUAAAGCAACCCUGGAAGAAAUACAGUCCUGCCAUAGUGAGGCUCACACACUCCUAUUUGGAACAAAUCCUUGGAAUAGGCAGCGUCUAGACAUGAGCAAGUUCUCUGAGUUGCCCAUCAAAAGCUUUGUACGUCUACAUUGCGGUGGCGUUGGUGUGGACUCAGACACAACCUGGAAUGAAAUGCAUACAUCAUCUGCUGCCAGGAUGGCUGCUGGCUGUGUUAUAGACUUAGCAUUCAAAGUUGCAACUGGAGAACUGCAGAAUGGAUUUGCACUGGUGAGACCCCCAGGCCAUCAUGCUGAGCACCAACAAGCCAUGGGUUUCUGUUUCUUCAAUUCUGUUGCCAUUGCUGCUCGACAGUUACAGCAGAAGUUGAAUAUGGAGAAAAUCCUCAUUGUUGACUGGGAUGUCCACCAUGGAAAUGGUACCCAGUCUCUGUUUUAUGAUGACCCACACAUCUUGUACAUAUCCAUGCAUCGCUAUGAUGAUGGGAGCUUCUUCCCUGGAACUGGUGCCCCCACUGAGGUUGGUGAUGGAGAUGGUUAUGGAUUCAAUGUAAACAUUGCUUAUUCAGGCGGCCUCAACCCUCCAAUGGGGGAUGCGGAGUACAUGGCUGCCUUUAGAACCAUUGUCAUGCCUAUUGCCAAGGACUUUGACCCAGAUAUUGUACUAGUAAGUGCAGGCUUUGAUGCAGCCGAUGGACAUCCUUCACCUCUUGGGGGCUACAAAGUCUCUGCCAGCUGCUUUGCCCACAUGACAAAACAGCUAAUGACAGUUGCUCGGGGCAAGGUUGUGUUAGCCCUGGAAGGAGGCUAUGACUUAGCCAGUAUUUGUGAUGCGACAGAGGCUUGUGUUCGUACUUUGACUGGUGAUGAUCCUCCUCCAUUGUCACAGCAUGAGAUGACAAGACCUCCUUGUCAGAAUGCUAUUGAAACUCUACAAAAUGUCAUUGCUGUACAGAGUGGUCAUUGGCCAGUUGUGCGUCGCCAGAGUGGAAUGAUUAUGCUGUCCAUGGUAGAGGCUCAAGGCAGAGAGGAAGAGCAGGAGACUGUGUCUGCAAUGGCCUCUCUGAGAGUGGAUCACCAAGGGCAUCAGACACAGAGUCCUGAACCUCCUGCCAAGAGUCCAGCCAAUGAAGCCUCCAAUGAUGAAGAAGAGCCAAUGGAGGAGGACACAGAAGUAAAAUAACCUAGGAAAAAAGGGAAGAUAAAAAAUAAUAAUAAUAAUAAUAAUGAUAAUAAUAAUAAAAAACAAUAAUGAUUUGAAAUAAGAAAGGGAGCAUAUAGAGUUCUGUGCACCUGAUGAGAAGCUAUGAGAGGAUGUAAAAGAAAUAUAGAAACACUUUUAUUAUCAUUUGCAGACCUCAUAUGCCUCCCAGAUACUGUGAGUGUGGUCAACUGUGUUUGCAUUUCGGAGUGCCGUUGAAGCAAUCCCACAUGCAGUGGGUUUGCAAGGCAAGCAUCUGUUUGCCGAGUGACCAGUGAUAUUUAGUGUUAAUUGUUCCGGUGUGGAAGAUGCUUACAUGCAUCUUCUGUGAUGAAAACUGUAAGAUGUAAACAGUGGUGGUUUUUGGUGAUAAUGUCGAGUGGCCCUGACACUUGACAACAGUGUGGAGACAGUCCCCCAGUUGGGUGUAACACUGUAACUUAUCAGGCAAUGAUGUGAGUCAAGAUGUGAUGUCUGCCCACUGUUCACAUGUGGGCUGAUGAACCAAAGAUUAGGUAGAUUUUUAUGAUGUGCAUACAUGGUGUCUUAAAUUUCAUAAGGUUGUAGUGUUCCAUAGGUAGACAGACUGAGUUACCCAGUCGUAUUUAUUGAUGAACCACAUUUAUUUUCAUUACAUAUUAUCAAAGUAAGUUUGUAUGUGCUGCUGGUAGGCAGUUUCCUGACUGAAUGUGCAGCCCCGUGCAAAUGUAUCUCAGAAUGUAAUGUCUGUAUCAUUGGACCAGCCUCCAGUUAACUCUUGACACCUUAAUCAAUACUUGUGCCAACCACUUAACAGAUGUUUUCUGUUGACAAACUUUAACUUUGAAUAUGUUGUUAGUAUUCAUAUAGUGUUUAGUAGAUAAAUGUAUAAUAUACAUAUAUAUAUUAUAUAUAUUCAAUUUUAUGUAUUUCAGAUUUUAUUUGUUCACCUCACCUGAUGGUGUAAAUUCAUGUCACUUAAGUGCACAAAAUGUUAAUUGCAAGCCUUACGUGUCAGCGGGAAUGUUGGGUGGUGCCCGCCUGUUUUUGUAAGGAACCAGAAGUGUCAUCAUGGAGUACCCUUUUGGAUAUGUACGUCAGGAGUCAUGCCAGAGGCUCACUUUGUACGACCCAAGGUUCCAGUGCUCCACUUUCCACAUUAACUGCCUUUCUGUAUCUCGUCACCCAGUGUAAUUCAAAAACCAUAGAGGCCAAACUAUCUGGAAGGGAAAGGGACCCACUGCCUUGCUGGAACUUUACUUGUACAAUUUCUUACCUCUACACCAGGUUCAUGAGCACUAGUCAGAAUCACAACCCCAUGUCCACUGUAAUUCAGGCCUCAAGAUCUGUGUUCUGGUAACAAGCUCAAAGCUCUACAGUAAAGAGCCGGCCAGCCAUGUGGCUUUGGGAAGGCUGCAGCGUCCCACCCGUCCCCUGUAUAUUGUCCUUGUAUGGUCACGGUGUCCACAUAAUAAACUGGCAUAUGUUCAGCAGGCAAAGUUAUUUUCUUAUCCCUGUCAUGCCUGUUUCUCAACUAAUUCGCAUGUGAUAUUUCAUUUUUUGUAUUUUUGUUUUUUGUAUGUAUGUUUACCCUUCAUUUUCCAAAUACCAAAUCAUUAUCUUUCAUACUGUUAUACUAUUUUACACUGUGUCUUAAAGCAAGGAUACCUACAUGUAUAUUAAUUGUAUCUUAUGUUGUUAUGUGUGUUGGAAAUUCAUGAAAACCUUUUUAUGUAAGAUUAAAGUAAGUGGUAAAGAAGUACUUGAGAUUUAUAAAUGUGCUUAGGUUAAUCUGUUUUGUUAAAAUUAUCUGAUAAUAAUGAUAAUUUGACAUUUCUUACCAUACAUACCUUAAUCAGUUACUUUUCAACAAAACAAAUAUGAGGCUUAUAUCUUUAAUGCAUUCAAACUGUACUAGAGCUGUAUCAGUUCAAAUACCAAAUACAUAGUCAGCAUUAAUGCUAGAGUCUUUUUUCAUAAUUCAAAAUAUUAUGAAACUAUACCUGAUACUCUGAGUAUGUGGGAAUCCCUGUGAAGAUGCAUUUUAAUUCUUAGCAUUUCUAGGGAGCAGCCACAAUACCAGGAAAUAAAUAACAUGUAAAGGUACUGCUCUGUAGCACUAGACAUUAAUAUGGCUCUAUAUUGUCUGUGCUAGUGAAAUAGUACAAAUUAUCAACCAUUUUCUACAUUAUUUGAAUUUUUACUGUAUAUGAAAAGCCUGGUUUCUUCAGAGUUGCCUCUGUAUUAAAGAUUACUGAAAGACAUCUUUUAACUUAUAAAUCCAUUUAUCAUUGCUCGAAAUUUACAGUUAUUCUGUUUCAUUUUUGUUUCAGAAUUCAUUGGUCAUUGUAAAGAUGCUAAAAAGAAUAUACUAUUUUUGUUCCGAGAAAUCAAAAUUGACUUCCCAACCAGUAACUGAUACCUUAAUCUGAGUACUAAUUGAUAUAUCUUUUUGUCAAUUAAUAAGAUGACUGUAUAUCAAUGAAUACUUUCAUUGUGAGCUGAAAAAAUGGAUGUUGUUAUUUUGCUUUGUGCAUGAGCAUGUUACUGUCCUUGAUAUAUACUUAGAUAGUUUUUAAGAAGAUUUACAUAGAGAGAUAACAGGGCUGGAAUCUGGUGAAGUAUAUUGCCCUGGGGCCCGUGCUGGUUCUCGAUGCCCCAGUUGGCCAGAUAUGAUCUAUUGGUCAUGUUGCCAUUUGUGAAUAAUGCUUCUAUUAUCAAGUAUCAUUGUAUUAAAAUAACAUUUUUGCUUCUUUAUCAUUGUUUUCUUUAGAUUCUUUGUUUGAUUAGAAUUAUUGUUGAUUUUUUAAUGAAACUAAAACAAUGUUUUUUGACAAGAAACAUUGGUACAGAUUUACAACACUUCACAACAACAGAAAAGUUUUAAAAGCUCUAUCAAAUUACAAGAUGUCAAGAAUAUUACCUGCCAGGAUGGCUUUUGAUAAUGUGAACAUAGCAGUGACACAAUAUGGAAUAUUGAUUUUAAUUCUGAAAACUACCUUGGACAAAAUGUUUAAUUUGUCAGCAAUUGCCUGUUGUAAUUUCAUUUGCUUAUUACUAAAAGAAGUGUAACAAAUUGAACACAUUUAUAUCACACCAAGACACAUGCACUGCCCACUUAGGCAUUAAUCUGAGUGUUGGUUGAAUAUGAAUUAUCAAGAAAAUUGUUUUGUCUCAUAGAGCUACUAGAAUAUAUGAGUACCAUAAAAAAUC